UAGCAAUUGACGCGUACAAACCAACAGAUGCUACCACGAAUCCAUCGCUGAUCUUACAAGCUGCACAGAUGCCAGCAUAUGACGACCUCGUCAAUGCCGUAGUGGCUAGUGCAAAAGCAAGCUCAUCGUCUGUGGAUGAGCAGGUGGCCACAGCCAUGGAUAAAAUCAUGAUUACUUUUGGCAAGAAGAUUCUGGAAAUCGUUCCUGGUAGAGUUUCCACAGAGGUAGAUGCAAGGCUUUCCUUUGACAAGGAUGCACAGAUUGCCAAAGCCCGAAGCCUCAUCAAGCUCUAUGAAGCCGAGGGAGUCAGUAAGGAACGUAUUCUCAUCAAGCUGAGUUCCACGUGGGAAGGGAUCAAAGCUGCCGAAGUACUAGAGAAAGAGUAUGGAAUUCAUUGUAAUCUGACUCUACUCUUCUCUAUGGCUCAGGCUGUAGCAUGCGCAGAGGCUGGGGUGACCUUGAUAUCGCCGUUUGUUGGCCGUAUAUUCGACUGGUACGUGAAAAACACUGAUAAAAAGAGCUACGAACCAGCAGAAGAUCCAGGUGUCCAGAGCGUAACGAAGAUCUACAACUACUACAAGAAGUAUGACUACAAGACAGUCGUCAUGGGUGCUUCCUUUAGGAAUACAGGACAGAUUAAAGAGCUCGCAGGCAUCGACUUGCUGACUAUCAGCCCCAAGCUGCUAGAUGAACUGUCUAAAUCAACUGAAGCAGUUUCACGCAAACUAGAUCCUGAGACGGCUAAAGGCAGUAGCGAGGAGAAGAUUACCUUGAAUGAGGCCGCUUUCCGCUUCAUGCACAACGAGGAUCAGAUGGCCGUGGAGAAGCUGUCCGACGGCAUCCGAAAGUUUGGAGUCGAUGCCGGCAAGUUGGAGGGUGUGCUUCGAGAGAAGCUCAAGUUGUCCUAAACAUUGUUGCCGUAGCGACAGAAUUGUAGAUCGUCUCCAGAGCGAACAGGGGUAGUAUAGCAUUUUGCAAGGGAAAUAUGUGCACAAACUGUAGAGGUUUGCUACUGAAAAGUUGGAGUUUUAUUGAAAGAGAAAGAGUGAGAGAGAAGGGAGGAGGUGGGGACUUGCGAGUCUUUAAACCUUUUCUUCCUCAUCAUGUCUUCGAUCCACACUACAUUGAUUUAGUGCACUUGAGAAUAUGAUGUGAAAAUUAUCAUUUAGGGUUAUUAGAUGAAGAUAUCGUGAAUUUCUCCAUAGUGAGUAAAAAACUUUGAUGAUGUGUGACCAGGCAGCACAAAACAAAAAAAGUCGUCAGAAAUGAAAUUUUAGUUUAAAAGCUCUUCUGAUGGAGGAUACUCAAGCUUUAUAAUGAUAUAUAACUCAUUAACAAUGAUUGAUCCUAAGGCUAACCCACUCAAGCAAGAGGAGAAUGUUCACCACACUGCAACACACCUUUUGAGAAAAGGGGGAUUAAAAAUUACUCUGUUGUCUCACAAUUCGGCAAACUGAAACCUGAGACAACAGAUUAUUUCCUUUGCCGAUUCUAUACUACCACGAUGACCAACAUCUUCCGUACUAUUAAAAAUUACUUGUCUAUUGAAGAGCAUUUAUUCUUCCACUGUUGAAGAGCGCUUAUUCUUCCACUAUUGUGUAUUGUAGACAAAAAGAAGAUUACAAAUCAAUAGAAUUUCGAAAGAAGGAAUUAUCAGUUCACACACUAAUUAUGUACAUCCUGUCCAUUAGUUUGAACAAGGAUCAUUAUUAGAACUUAUCCUAUUUUAAAUUUAUAGGAGUUCAAAGAGAGACAAGUAUUCAGGUUUUUCGUGGAGACAAAAUAUGAUAACAGUUAACUCAAAAAGACAAAAAUAGGUCUAAUAAAAACACCCAAAAAUAAACACUUUAGGUUUGAUUGGUACAUCCAUUUUUUUACAGUAAAGAGGGGAGAGUAUACUCUUUCAGAAAACACCAAAAUCUGAAAUUUGAACAUUCUGACCAAAACACUCUUCAUUGGCUCCAAUUGGAAAUCACACAGUGCGACUUUUUGUGGGUUUUGUGGUGCUGGGUCACAUUUAAUUAAAAAAAUCCUAAUUUGGUGGGGUUUUUUUCAAGAUAAAGAUAUAAUUGAUUUGAAAAGGGGGAGUCGCCAUUGAACAUUACAUGGUUAUUGAUCAUUAUUUCUUAAUUUCAAUAUUUCAUCAGAUUGUAUUUGGUUAACAGUACGCUGAACUUUAUUUUCUUAUUAAUUGAGAAAUUAAAUUGUAAUAUUAUUCAAUGUUAAGUAUGUUUCUGCUGGAAUUAUGUAUUUAUCCCAUUCUGAUAUUCUCUCAAAUAUGAAAAUCAUGGGGACAUGCAUGUAGUUGGGGAUAAUUCUCUGUACGAAAAAUACAAAAAUUAAUAUCUACGAUCGUCUCUAAAUAUAUUUUCACGUUUUGUUGUCAGUUUUGUAGUAAAGUGAUGGUUAUUUUAAAGAUUAAAUUAC